CUCGUACGACAGCUUCCUUUCUUACCUCAGUGAGAAUUGGACCACCAGCCCCUGUUCAUCAUCAUACCUCCUGUUUGCAUUUGGUUCGCAAUAAUGAACGAUGAGCACGAGGCAGCAGCUGAGGGUGUCACCUCAACUAAGAGCCCACAAGAACAUACUAUAUAUCGCGGUAAAUCAGUCGAAGUUCCCUCAAAGCUAGCACUUCGCCGACAAAAGACUCAUGUCGACGACAAUCAUUCAGUGGGGACUAUUUCAACUUCAUAUUCCAAGGCUCAUUCUGCUACCUUUUCGGCUCCUCAAUUCGACUUCCAUAUGCAUUCUCCAUCGGCGACGACUCCAACCACAUCUCGACCGCAAAGCCCUACCAGGCUGACCUCCGCACCGGGUCAAGCCAUGGAGCUUGGUCUUGUUGGUAUCGGAGAACAUGUCAACACGUUGCCCUCAGGCAAGUUCAUCGCAGAUUUGCCGAUUCUCUCUCGAGAUCCUCGCCUACCAGAACCUCAACUCCCCCGUGACGGAGGUAGCACUCCAACUGGAAUCUACAGCGCGGCUGAGUCACUGAUUAGUUCCCGAGAUUCCGACUCUGAUUCUGAUAUCUGUCGCUCUGAUCUUGAUCUAGAGAGUGCUGCCAACAUUGCUUUGUCCCGUUCUCUUGGGGUGCGUCUCAGCCGACUCAGUCACCCUGUUCGUGUCAUUGAGGCGUUCUCCAAGUUUAAAGAUCAGUGCGUCGAAAUUCUGCAGCAAGAGGAAGCGUUUUCGACUAUUGAUUGGGAUGACGACGGCUUUUCCUGCUAUGAUGUCGAGGAGGGAGAUGCUAGCAACGGGAAUUCGGCAUUAGAUGAGACGUCAAAUCGAGCUCAGCAAUCAGAUUCAGGAACAAAGAAGCGACCUGCUGCAGAACAAGGCGGAGACGAUGGCCACGACGAGAUGGGCGAGAAUGAUGGUCAAGAUCAGGGCCCAACAAGAAGAGGACGCAGCAAGAGACGAAAGAUCGGGCGUACAGGGGGUUUCAGCUGUCCCUUUAGAAAACGUAACCCCUGGAGAUUCAACGCUCGGGAAUUCGAUGCCUGUGCCAAUAAGCCCUACAAGGAUAUGGCAGAAUUGAAGAGACAUAUUAGCGCCGAUCACGGGAACCAAUCUUGUACUUACUGUGGGCAACCACGAACGGCUGAAGACCACCCGCCUAAAGUUUGCCUUCGCAACCAGCAGCUGAACCCCAGUUGCGACCCAAGAGACCCCGAAGAUGGCGUUGACAAUCUCAAAGAUGCGUCUCUCAGAAGCCGUGCUGCCGGCUGCAAAAUCCAAACUUGGGCACAACUGUGGAAUCUGCUUUUCCCCAAUGAUGAAGAGAUACCUUCGCAAGCCUUUGAUCCUGUGAUAGAACACCACGAAAUAGCCGCUGAGGGAUGUGAGAAGUUUGUCCUGAAGACUGCCGAAGACAUCUUCGAUAGCGUACCGCAAAGUUCUGGUCUGUCAUUACAGGCCAUUCAGGAGAUCCUACAUAAAGGAACAAAGGUUCUUCUCCGAGGCUCCAAGUAUGCUGACUAUGGGCGUUGUAAGAUGGUGGGAAACAAUGAUAUGAUCCAGAUGUCAACACCCAUGAAGGGCAAGUCUGUUGUUCAAGUGAUUCACAGUCAGGUUGACGACGUUUUUGAUGACGGCGAGUCUCCGGGUGUAAUUGUCACACUACAAUCUUCGCCCCAGGGCGCACCUGUGAUAUACAAUAGUACAUCAACUGGUUUGAAGUCUUCUCCAGUCAGCCGUGAGCGAUUGAUUGCACCUAAAAUUGAGCGAGCCCCUACGCCAAGUGUCACUCAGAAGACUUGUCUCGCAACUGGCGCAUUGAUUCAGGAUGGGUCUCCCAUCUCCACUGGAGGUCAUCAGAACCCCAAUGUCCCGGAUCUGGCUGAUGGGGAUACUUUCUAUUGGCCAGACGCGGACUUUCAAAACUGGAAUGGGGGCUAUGGGGACGAAAAUAUGUAUAUGGAAGGUGCAAACACCGAAGAUUUCUGGCCGUCAUACGAGGUCCCAGGUCCUAGGUAGAUCAACCUCCUAGCCGUUUACUAGUUCGGAGAGUCACAGCUAGGCCGAAUGAUGGUGUCAUCUUUCAUUCAACGUAUAGGUGGUCAUGUGUAGUGAUUUCAUUUAGAUGCUUUUGUAUUUUAAGUACCUUCAUUACGGGCCGUCCGUCGAAUCUUACACUGUAGACGGACGUGUGACUUAGACUAUUAUGUGUAUAUCAUUGAACUAGAGGCGGAUAAACAAUGCUUUCGCAGAACCCUCCACGGGUCCAUAUCUCUCUCGCCUGAUCUUCUCCUUCUAUCUCUGCCGCGCAUGUUAUAGCCAUUUACAAACCGGGCCUGCGGAUAUGCACCAACAGAUUGCCGUUA